AUGGACAAUGACCGCCGGCCACGGCAGAGUACCGCAGGUUACGCGAGCCAGCAAGGCACGCUGCUCCAACCACAAGCAUCCUAUCCUGUGGUAAGCGCAUCCGACCGCUUCAGGCAGGCGCCUUUGGCCGCCCAACCGCCCACUUCUGCGCCAGCAGCUGCGGCCAGUCGCGCGGGCUCAGGCACCAGCGCACAAAGUUACGGUUACGCUUACGAAGGAGGUUCACAGUUUGUCGGCUCGUCGAUCCAGCAGCCCGCCGUGGCCUACGGUACCCAGGACUAUGCCGACCAGCAGCAGGCGCCCCAGCGCGCGUCACAGCAGUACUCGCAGUACCCCCAGAACGUCAUGUACAAUGUGCCCGCCCAGCCCUCGCAGCCGGGCUCGUCACAGUACGAGCCCGUGGCACAGUAUCAGCAGAAUAGGGACUCGGCUAUAGAGGUCCUGGGCACCAACUUUGGCGUUGCACAACCGCAAUACUACAGUGGUGUGCCCAGUGAGGGUGGCCCAACAAGCGCGCCGUCCUCUGCCAUUGCGCCGCAGAACGUCCCCUCUCAGUACCCAUCCAUAGGAUAUACACCGCAGCAGUCCGCGCCCGCCUACUCGACCGCCGCCAUGACAGACCCGCACCCGCCCACCUCCCACGGCGGAGGUUACUCCCAGCCCGCUGCAUAUCCCCAGCCGCAGCCGCAGCCGCAGCAGGACGGCAGCAGCAACGAGUACGAUGACUUUUACAACACCUACCAGACAGAGCUCAAGAAGACGUUUGAGCAGGUCCGCGACGGGCGGCUGAACGAAGCCGCGCCAUCAUUGGAUCGGCUCUCAGAAUGGCUGCUGCACUGGGCCGAGACCUUGGGUGAGUCUGUCCGCAUCGUGUGGCGCGAACGAGCAGCUGAAUUGACUAUAGGCCUAGUACGCGACGAUGAAACGCAUUACCAGAUGCGCCUCAAGCUGUGGGAAGAAUUCAAUAACUGCUGGCUGGGACUAUUCCAAAAGCAAUUCGAGUUGGUGGAAGACAUGCGGACUACAGGCCAGCGGCCACAGGCGCCGCAGUCGAUAAUCGAACAUGACUUCAUCGAGAAGAUGGGCACCAAGCUCGUAAAGAACUGCGACAACAUGGAGAAGCACGGGCUUGUCGACUACCAGAUGGGGGUGUGGGAAGAGGAGAUUACUGCCAGUGCGUGCAAAUGA